AUGGCGCUUCAAGAUGAAUGGCCUUUAAAGACCAAAGAAGGGGAUGUAAUAACAAUGGAACAAAUGCCGAUUGAACUAAGAAACAAAAUUGCAAAGUUAAAUCGGCAGGAUUUGUUUCCACCGAAAUUUGGCAUAAAUGAGAUUGAAAAACCAGAAUAUAAUCCUGAUGGCACCUUAAAAGAAAAACGAUGGAUGAAUUCUUUUAUGUGUUUUAGAAGAGUUUUGGGACUAUUUUUCAAAGAUUCAAAUACAGUUUUCAACGGAACGGAACUUUCACAGCUUGCGCAGUUGAUCUGGCACGGAGCGUCCGUUGAUGAGAAGAAAAUCUUUUCAGAAAUUUCUCUUGACCUGAAGACAAGAACCUACGACCAGAAUCCUAACUUUGUAUUUCGAAAGGCUCAAAAGCCUGUCGAUGAAUACAUAAAUUACAGUCCUGAAACCUUUGAAAAAAAAGGUAAAAGAAAACAUGAAGAUGAUGAUUAUAGCCAAAGGAACAAGAAGCGCAUAAGUAAAAAAGAUACAGAGUCAACAAAUGUUGUCUCUAGUGUAUCAGACACUGAAGAAUCUGUUUUUAUAUCAAAUUCUUCAAAUGCGGUUUCAAGUUCUUCUGGUUCGGAUUUUAUUACAAAUCCCAUUUCACCCAGUAUGGAUUCCAUUACAUCCAGUAUGGAUUCCAUUACUUCCAAUGCGGAUUCCGUUACCUCGAUGACUCCAAAUACGGAUUCCACUAUUUCAAGUUUUAUUUCAAAUCUAGAUUCAAUGAUGCCAAAUUUAGAUUCGAGUGUGCAAUGGUUUCCAUACAACGGGCAAGACUUUACUGACGAGGGACAGUAUCUACAAAAUAAUAUACCCAAUACUGAUUCCACCGCUGAUAUGGCAUUAUGGUCACAAAGUUUUGAAGCUACCGUGGAUCCAUUUUCCGAAAACGUUUAUUAUCCAGGUGCAAUAAUAUGGGGCCAAGAUGGAAUGAACUUUUUCACAACUUACGAAACUCAGGGUUCUUGCGAGAUCCCAGAAGGUUUAGAAGGAGAUUUUGGCAACGAAUGCUGUGAAAUUACAGAAUUAAAACCUUUUAAUACUGGAAAUGGUUAUUAUUAA